CAAAAGGCCUAUUUCCACACUGUAGGGAUUCUAUGAACUUAAUGGCGACUUUAUAAUCAAUGUCAAUUGUCAUAAAUACUCUUCUGGUUCACAGAUGUCCUUCAGAUAAAGAAAUUUGUUGUACUUGCUUGGCCUACAUGUGAUUUUGGACUCCUCACCCAUUCAGUUGAUUCAUAAUUAUGCUUUGGAAUAGUCUGGAGAGUCAAUAUCUUCCAGGGCAAUGGGUGGGAGGAACAAAUAACCAGUGAUGCCCAUAUUUGAUAUAAGAAUAAAACAAUUCACUGAAACUGGCCCUCCCUCACCAUCAUCUUCUUGUAACUUCCCUGUGUCAUCAGAUGCUUUGCUCGAAUUGAGUCCUGGAUGAACUCAGCCAAAAUUUUCUAGUUAAAUAUGGGGAACACCAAAACUUCCCUCUGGGACAUGCUGUACACCACUGUCCCUAAUUUGGAUGAGCAAGAACUGUAGUAUUCUAUUCAAACCUCAAUGAGCUUGUACAUUUGUCUGCUAUCAGAAAGAUUACCUACUUCUCCCUCACUAUCACUUCUUUUCCAUCCAACCUCAUCCUACCUGCUUCUGAUACUUCCAGCUCUCAUCCUUGUAAGCUGAAGUGAUCUAUUGCAUCCUUUCAGCUUUCCUAUAAUUAAAAAAAUGCACUUUUGUGGCCUCAGGCUAUAUCAAACAAUUUUUACAGCCAGAGGUACUUUUUGAAAAUGGAAUUGGAACUGUAGUAUGGGAAAUAUGGCCAUCAACUUUGUACAGCAAGGUCCCAAGUGUAAUAACCAUAUAACCUGAUGAUAGAUAAAUAUUUACCAAAAUUUCAUUUGUCCUUCUUUCAAAGUACCAAUUUAUCUUUUGCAUCCACCUAAGAGGACUGAUGGAACCUCAACUUUAAGGUCUUAUCAGAAGAUAAGACCUUAAAGUCUUAUCUUCUGAUAAGACUUCCUUGACAGUGUAGCAAUUCCUUCAACCUUGACUGGACUAUCAGCCUAUCAGAGACUCAUUCAAAUCUUUUGCUUUUCUCAUGUCCUGCAAAAAUCCAGCUUAUAUACCACCCCUGUCCUUGCUGAACCACAUUGGCUUUUUAUGCCUCAAUGCUAUAAAUAUGAAAUUGUCACCUUUGUGUUCAAGCUAAUUUGUGACUUUGCUGUUCAUUAACUCCUAUGGGCUCCUCACCUCUGCCUGUCAUCUGACUAGACCAGUUGAUAGAGGUACAAAAAAAUGGAAAACUUUGUCCUUUAUGAGGAAAUUGGAAAAGGAAAUAAAUCAACUGUUUACAAAGGCAGAAGAAAGGGAACUAUCAACUUUGUAGCAAUUUUAUGUAUUGACAAAUCAAAACGGCCAGAGAUCACUAACAGGGUCCGACUUACUCACGGCAUUGAACAUCCGAACAUUGUACUGUUUCAUGAAUGGUAUGAAACCAGCAAUCACUUGUGGCUUGUUGUGGAACUAUGCACAGGAGGCUCGUUGGCAAUGGUCAUUGCCCAAGAUGAAUAUUUACAUGAAGAUGUAAUUAGACAGUUUGGUAUUGACUUGGUGAUGGGUUUGCGCCAUAUUCAUGAGCUGGGCAUCAUUUUUUGUGAUCUUAAUCCUGCUAAGAUAUUACUGGAUGGACCAGGCAUGCUGAAAUACAGUAAUUUCAGUCUGGCCAAAGCGGAAGGAGAGAAUCUGGAUGAAUUCUUUUCAUUAAUUAGUGGAGAAGAUGACUUGGUUGAAAGCAACAAUGGCACAGAAAGAACAAAGUGUAAGAUUCGGGCCAGAGGGUCUUUAACUUACAUGGCUCCAGAAAUUCUGAAAGGUGAAGAUUAUUCCCCAGUCAGUGAUUUAUGGUCUCUGGGAUGUGUGCUAUAUGAGAUGUUCACAGGAAAACCACCAUUUUUCUCAGAAAACCAUUCUGCAUUGGUUGAGAUGAUUUUGUAUGAAGAUCCAUCACCACUCAAACCUCAAGAAUCUACUGAACAAAAACCUUCCAUUGAAUUUAUUGGUUUGAUUGAAGACUUACUUCAGAAAGAUCCUUCAAAAAGAUUAAAUUGGAAAGAUUUACUACAUCAUCCUUUUUGGCAAGGAGCCUUUGCUGGAUGUGAAAAAUCCAUAAAUAAAGAAAACAGAAAAAGCUUGAGUGACAAUGAAAUUUGUUCGCCAGUCAUCACUAGUGAGUUGCAACAGAUUGGAGGAAGGAAAAGCCUGCAAACAUCAAGCAUUCAAAUGGACAGCAACCAGCAUCAAAAAUCCUACAACUUAAAAAACCUUGCUGAUUUACAGCCAAAAAGUGCCCAGGACUUAAAUUCUAAGGAAUCCAUCUUCUUACUUAGCUCCCAUCCAACACCAAGAACUAGCUUGAAUGUAAGCCACAGCAGCAAUGUAACUCAGAGUGCUCCACCAAAAGGCUCCUCUAUUUCACCACAGGAUAUGGACUCCAAAAUAAGAAGACUUAUAUUCACUGAGGCUGAUCUCGCAGUGACUCCCAUUAUAGAUAACCCUAAGAUAUUGAAACCAACACCCAUGAAGUUUGAUGUUAAAACACUAAGUGUUCCAGCUUAUUCAGCGGAGAAACUGGUAUCCCUAAAGGGACAGGACUGGAACAAUUACAUACAGCACCUGUGCUCAUUGAUUGAAGCUGGAGAGAAGACGUCAGGGGCUCCAAGAGCUAAGUUGAACUUGAUAUGCUAUCUCUGUUCAGUGGCCAGUCACAAAGAAGCUGCUACAAGACUAAUCGACUCACGACUGUUUCCAGUGUUAACACAGCAACUGCGUGCAGCUCCAAAUUGGGAUAUUCGUGCCAAAAUGAUUCGUCUGAUUGGCUUACUGGCAUGUCACACAACUGAACUGAAGGAUGAUGUACCAAUCGCAGAAGCUGUCACACUGUUAACUGAACUGACACGAGAAAACUUCAGGAACACAAAGCUGAAGCAUUGCCUGAUACCUGCCCUAGGAGAACUCCUGUACCUUGUGGCUAACCAGGAGGAAAAAAGUCUGCAUGCAAGAGACCGCUGGGCCAUCCCCUCUAUUGCCUACACUGUGCUAAUGAGAUGCAUUCGGGAAGGGGGAGAUCCUGUUACUAAUCAUUUAGCCGCAAAGAUUGUGGAAAAUGUCUGUACCACUAAUUCAUCUCCUGCUCAAGGAUUCAUUACUGGAGAAAUUGGUCUGUUGCUUUGGUUCUUGUUUACACAUUCAACCAUGGACUCUCUGCGGGUGACAACUAUUUCGGCAUUAUGUAGGAUUACUCGCCAUUCUGCGAGUGCUUUUCAAAGUGUCAUUGACAAGGUCGGCCUAACAGCAGUACUGAAUUCCCUGGUAGCUGGUAUAAGCCGUGUUCAACAGUACAUGUUGACCAUGUUUAUUGCUAUGCUGUCAUCUGGUAUCCACUUGCAAAGACUGGUGCAGGAAAAGGAAUUUGUCACAAAAGUUGCUCGUUUAUUAGAAAGUCCUUCAACAGUAAUUCGAGCAAAAGCUUUCCUUGUCUUAUUGGAAGUUUUAAGAAACAACAAGGAGAUGUUGUUGCUUUGUUGCCAGACAAGGUUAGUGAUGUAUAUUGAAAGAGACAGCAGAAAAGCCACACAGGGAAAGGAACAGCAAAGCAACAAUGAGUACCUGUCUAAAUGCCUGGAUCUGUUAAUCUGUCAUAUUGUCCAGGAGUUACCAGGAAUAAUAGGUGGUGUUCUCUCUGCACUGUGUAAUGUUUCUGGGCGCAAGCAUCCAUCAACAAUUCAAGCAAAACAUUUGAAGAUGUGUCUACCCAUGAUGCCUGUUAUGCUCCAUCUUGUGACAGCUCAGAUAUUUAGACCCCAGGUUAUCACUGAAGAGUUUCUUGUCAGCUGUGGAGCAUUGCUUAAUCACAUUAAAUCUAUCGAUUCUGGAGAGACAAAUUUAGAAAGUGCAGUAGGUCAAACUGGUUCAGAAGAAUUUAUCAGAACAGUUUUCUCAUCAUGGGAGGCCAUUACUCAGCAUCCAGUGCUACUGACUACCUACCAUUCUACCAUUGUUGACUGCAUUCUCCCACCCUUGAUAUCCUUGGUGCUUAGUCAGAAUGCGGAGUGGCGGAUCUUCAGCCUGAGGUUACUAUCAGAAACCAUGUCUCUUGUGGCAAACCAUGAGGCAAUGUUAGGAGAGAAAGGGGAGAAUCUUAUGAAUAACAGCAAAUUGCUGACUCUUUUCCAGGAAUCACUGCUCCCUCAGUAUGAUCAGAUUUUGAUGGAACCUGAUCCAGUGCCACUAUAUGCCUUGAAGUUGCUUGUUAUCCUGACGGAUCAUAGUCCAAUUUUCAUCAGAUUAAUUGAAGACUGCCAAAUUGUGCCCAUUCUUUUCCAGGUUAUUUUGGACCAGCAGGACAGUGUACUAGGCACUGCCAAGCAAAGUGUGGUAUUACUUCUCAACAACCUAGUUGCCUAUAAAGGAACCAGCAUGAAAAUGCUUUAUGAACAAGGUCUAGUUGAUUCUGUCCGUAACUUAUUUAUUGAAACAACGGCCAUCUAUUUCGAAAUGGAUGAGAAAAGUGACUUGAAGUCAACUAAUAAUCUGUUGUUAUCUCUCAUUGAUACAUUACACAACAUGCUGAAGCAUACAUCCAAUGUUGUCCGCUCUGCUUUGCAGGCUCAGAAGUCAGACGCAGGAGGUGACACCCAGGCUGCUGAGGAACUUCUGCUUAUCAAUAAACCCCUGACAGACUUAAUGAGUCUGCUUAUUCAACUGCUCUCUAGUGAUGAUCCAGAUGUGCAUGAGAGUUCACUGCUUUCUCUAUCACUCAUGGUUCAGCUGUACGGUGGUGAAAACCAAGAGAGCCUCUCCCCAGAAAAUAUGGACUCUUUUGCAGAAGCACUGAAAUGUAGAAAGGACUCAAAACAACAGAAACUUCUACUUCGAAUCAUUAAAAGGCUGGUGAGCUCGAAUAAGAACCACGCAGAAAGCAUCAAGAGUGAAGGAGACAUUCUCAUUGAAACCCUUCAAAGGCUGGCCCAAGCUACCAGCUCCCAUGCUGAUAUUGCCAUUGGAUCUUUGGCCUCUGAAAUCCUAAAAAUCAUUGAGCAAUGAACAAGAAGUAACUGAUACAACUCCCAGUAACGCACUGUCACUUGGGACUGAAGAGGAAUGGACCUUGUCAUUGGUCUGUAUUUGGCUGGUUUUCUUCAAGCAAAAGGAACGCUUGAUUUGAUGCAAGAGCAAUUCCUUCAACAAUUUGUUCCAAACUUGUGAAGAAAGAAACAGCAGUGAAAAUCACUUUGCAAGGUCAUUGUUUAGCAACAGGUAAAAAGGUGUUUUUGACCAGCUUUAGCAUAUGACGUUUUAGUACAAAUAAUAAAAUUCAGUGUUUUCCAUAUGUUUCUUAGUAGAUUUCUGAUUUUUUUGAGACUGUACUUUGAAGAAAUUUCCACUCCAGUACUGUAUUUGUCUGAUAACUUAUGACACUUUAGACUUGUGUUCUUUUUUCUCUGUGAGUUGAUGUCAGAUCCUCAAUCUUCAAAUGUGGAGAAAAACAUUUCUUUUCACUCUACUCUAUAGACAGUUUAAAAUUAAUAUGUAAAAUAUAAUAAAAUUAUUUUUUAAGA